UCCAGUGGUCCCUCCCUCUCCCUCUCCCUCCCUCUCGUUUGCGAACUGUGCAACAUGGCUUCCUGGUGGGACCGUCCGGCCGUGUGCGCGACCCUGACUUGCUUCCUUGGGCUGGUGCCGGCAGCCGAGGCUCUGGACGGAGGGGACGCGGUGGCGCUGCUGCUGGGGAUAGCGGUCUGCACGGUGGGGGUGUGCGCGGGGCUGGGCUGGUACUCGCGCAAGAGGAACGGACAGUCGUAAAGAGAGAGAGAGAGAGAGAGACAAAAAGGAGGAGGAGGAGGAGGGGGGAAAGAAAAAUAUAACCGGUGGAGGAAGGGAUCCAACCAUCAUCUCCUCCCUCCCUCCCUCCCCCCACCACCAAGUCUCACAGCCAGACUCUGCUCACACAGCCAGCAAACCCCCUCUGCAAACCCACCCACCCAUCCACCCAUCCACCCAUCCAGGGUCUCCACAGAUCAAGCCCGAGCAUCUUCGCCUUUUAAGACUUUUGCACUUCAAAAUAAAACACGACUGGAUUGCAAACCUGCGGAUGUUUUAUAUAUAUAUAUAUCUUUUUUGGGGGGGCAAUCGCUUAUCAGCCUUCCCCCCCCACCACACCUACACCCACACCCGACCUAACGUUACUGGGUUCAACGUUUCGACCUGAAAAACUUUCUCCUCCCCCUCUCCCCCUCUCUCCUCUCCUCUCCCACCGUUUACAAGCAACUGGUUUCGUAGACCGUCCUGGAUGUUGGAUCAGCAACAGAGCAUCUGGAUCCCCACCACAGAGGAAAACCAACCCCCACCCCCCCUCCACCCCAAAAAAAACAACCCCCCACCACAGGCUGCUCUGCUCGACCUCUCUUGUGUUUUACAAGAUCUUCAAACAAAUGACUUGCGGGGGGGGCAGAAAAAGUGGAGAAAACGUUACAAUCCGGAAGUGUUCGUCCUGCUGACACAGGCGUUUAUUUCGUGUGGACAAGAAAAAAAACACCACCAAACAUUCAACCGGUUCAGUUGUCCUCUCUCUCUCUCUCUCUCUCUGAGUUGAGAGCCGAGCGCCCAGACGCUGAAUAAAAACCCCAUCUUAAGCUGCUGAACUGUUUCCUGACAUUCUGAGUUAUUUCCAAUGGUGAUUAUAUUGCGCACAUCUCUGUUACUGAGUCGCUCUUCUUUCGCUUUCUCUUUCUCACUCUCCCUCCCUCCACAUAACACACACACACACACACACACACACGUUUAUUGGCAUCUAAGCUGCAAAAAGAGAGAGAGAAGCCUUUGUUCCUAACCGAGAAGUGCUCUUUCCCUGUGCAUUUUUGUAGGUAUUAUUUUAAUGUGAGAUCUUACGUGUUUUUGUACCUACAGCAUAUUGCGAAAGGUUACAGAGAGUGUGGGGGAGGGAGAGGGAAUUAUUGUGGACCAACACACCAAUGUAAUGGCUGAAAUGCAGUGCAGUUGGAAAUGCAGCGAGACUUGUACUAUUUCUGGAUUUUUUUGGAACUAUAAAUCACUAUGGAUGUCGCCUGUGGUUUGUAAUAAAAUAAAGCUUAAAUUUGUAAA